AUGGGUCACGUUUGUGACACUGAAGUCACAGUUGUGUCUAUCACGGAUGCUAGAGAGGUAGAAGAAGGAAGGGUGUUUCGUGAUAAAGAUGUUUUGAAAAUGAGCCUAUCAUUUUUUGCUAUACAGAACAUGUUUGAGUUUAUGGUUGGAUGGUCCGACAAGAGAGAAUAUAUUGUGAGGUGUUCGAAUGUAUUGGGAUCACAUAGACAAGUGUCAUCUAAGGUUGUGUCAUCUACAAUUAAGUACAAGUACACAUUGUCCCGUACUAUAUAUACACCAAAGGACAUAUGCAGUGACAUGUUGAAUACUUUUAGGGUUUAUUUGAGUUAUAUGAAAGCUUGGAGAUCUCGCAAGCAAACUUUGAAAAUGAUUAGGGGUGAUCCAACCAAGUCAUUUGGUAAAUUGCCAAAAUUCUUCUACAUGCUCCGACAGAAAAAUCCUGGUACGAUCACAGAAAUAGAGGUUGGUAGUCACAGUAAGUUCAAAUAUUGUUUUAUGACACUAGGAGCAUCAAUACGGGGAUGGGAGCAUUGUAGACCGGUGAUUGUUGUUGGUGGUACAUACUUGAAUGGUAAAUAUGGAGGUACCCUUUUCAUAGCAUAUACACAAGAUACAAAUAAUAGCAUAUUCGUUCUUACUUUUGGAAUUGGAGACAAUGAGAAUAACAAAUCUUGGGGAUGGUUUUUCGAUGAGUUGAAGAAGGCGUGUGGAAACAGAGAAGGGCUGUGUUUUGUGUCGGACCGUCACCCAAGUAUAAAGAAUGUGAUAGAACAUGUGUAUUCGAGAGCCUAUCACGGUAUUUGUUCUUAUCAUUUGCUGCAAAAUAUAAAAUCAUAUUAUAGAAAGUUAGACCAAAACAUUACACAAGCAUUUAAUUCGACUAUCCGUGCUUACACACUGGAAGAAUAUGAUUAUAACUUGUCUCUGCUGACAACGAUGAAUGAGAAUAUUAUUUCGUACAUGGCUCGUGUCGGACCUGAAAAGUGGUCACAAAUACAUAUACCAACAAACAAAUAUUCUACAAUGACAUCAAACAUUGUGGAAUCGGUCAACACGGUCACGAAGGCAGUCAAAAAUUACCCUAUUCUAUCUGUAAAUGGAACAAAUUUGUGUAACCCAAUAUCUAAAUCUGUGACCUAUGUAUCUCCUUCAAACCAGAUAAUAUUUUCUAUCAGCAAUAAAAGAUCAAUGUUUGUCGUCGAUAUUGAGCAACAAACGUGCACUUGCAGGAUUCUACAAGUUGAUUUGUUACUGUGUCCACACGCUUUGGCUAUAAUUGUAAACACAAGAAGAGAUCCAUAUGAUUACUGUUUUUAUUAUUACACAAAAAAUGCGCGCGUACCAAGAUUCUGUAUAUCCCGUUGGAAAUCAAGAGGAAUGGACAGUGCCGAAAAAAGUACAACCAGAAAUAGUGUUACCUCUUAA